AACUACACCAAUUGUAUAAGUUCCGAUCCUAAAUAUCCAGGAAUUAUAGAGUCAACGGAGGAGUUUAAGUUUGUGGAGAGAUUGAUUCCACCUACCACAGUACCUGUUCCUCCGAAACAUGAUCACUACCCCACACCAUCAGGCUGGUGCCCACCUCGAGAUCCACCUCCUGACUUGCCCUACUUCAUCCGGCGUUCCCGGAUGCACAAUAUCCCCGUUUAUACGGAUAUCACCCACGGCAACAGGAAGAUGACUGUCAUUCGGAAAAUAGAAGGUGACAUUUGGAUGCUCGAGAAGGAUGUGAAAGAAUUCCUCGAACAGAUCACGGGCAAGACUCCCCCUACGCAAGUUAAUGAGGUCUCGAUGCACAUCCGGGUCAAGGGGUAUUUUGACAAAGAACUGAAAUCGUGGCUGAUGGAGAAAGGGUUCUGAGUCUGUCACUGUAUUCGCCAGCUGUGUCCAAAAGUGUGAUUCUGUUCACUAGGAGGAGCCUUUGUUUAAAGAAACAAACUACCUAAACCAUUGCGACUUACAGGUUGUGAUAAAAUGCAGAGCAGUCCAUUAAAUUGAUUGUUUCAGUCA